GUGGGAGCCAGAAUGUAACACACACGACCAGAUCUGUAGACGAUCCAGUCCAAUUCAAGCACGCGCGCUCCAGCACGAGACAUGAACGUGAACGAUGCCAAGGAGUAUCUGUCCAGGAGAGAAAUACCCCAGCUGAUGGAGAGUUUGCUGACAGGAAUGAUGUAUUACCGGCCGGAGGAUCCCAUCGAGUACAUGGAGUUGUGCCUAAAGAAGGUUCGAGAGCUUGGUGGUACUGAAAAAGUGAGGUGGGACACAUUUGUUGGACAGGAGAAAAAGUCACUGCCACCACUCAACGGAGGCCAAUCAAGGCGGUCUUUCUUCCGCAACGUGUUACCCGACAGGUACGAACGCCUACCACCGAUCCACCAGUUCUCCAUUGAGAGUGACUCGGACUUGUCAGAAACAGCAGAGUUAAUCGAAGAGUACGAAGUGUUUGACCCGUCCAGACCACGGCCCAAAGUCAUCCUCAUCAUCGGUGGUCCGGGCAGUGGUAAAGGCACUCAGAGCUUGAAGAUUGCAGAGCGCUACGGCUUUGAGUAUGUCUCCGUGGGCGAGCUGCUGCGAAAGAAGAUGAUCCACAAUGCAACCAGCAACAGGAAGUGGAGUCUGAUUGCUCGGAUCAUUACUAACGGUGAACUGGCGCCUCAGGAGACGACCAUCACGGAGAUCAAGCAGAAGAUCAUGAAGCUGCCGGAUGCCAGUGGAAUAGUCAUCGACGGCUUUCCUCGGGAUGUGGCACAGGCGCUUUCUUUCGAAGAUCAGAUUUGUACUCCAGACCUGGUGGUGUUCCUGUCAUGCUCUAACCAGAAUUUAAAGGAGCGUUUGGAAAAACGAGCAGAGCAGCAAGGACGGCCGGACGAUAACCCCAAAGCCACAGAGCGACGCCUCGCCAACUUCAAACAGAACGCGGUGCCACUGGUUAAGUACUUCCAGGAGAAAGGCCUCAUCGUCACGCUGGACGCCGAUCGGGAUGAAGAGGAAGUCUUCUCAGACAUCAGCAUGAUGGUGGACAACAAGCUUUUCCCCACCAAAGAACCUGUCGCAGGCCCGAGUGAGCUGGACCUGAGCGUGCUAGCCGACAGCACCAGCCUCGCCGAAUGUCCUUCCAGAUCUGACGAGCAGGCUAUCGAGGAGGUGGAGGAGGAGGAGGAGGAGGAAGAGGCGGCAGGGUACGGAGAUGGUACAGCAGAAUGUUUUCCCAUAGAGAAGAAGAAACCAAAGGUCAUCUUUGUGAUCGGAGGUCCCGGCUCAGGCAAAGCAUUGCAGUGUGAGAAGAUGGAAGAACGUUACGGAUUGAAGCGUCUCUGCCCUGGAGACAUGCUGUGCACCGAGCUGCAGUCGCACAGCGAGCGAGGACGCUUCCUCCGAGACCUGCUCGAGACGGGGCGACAACUUCCAGAGGACACGCUGCUGGAUCUGCUGUGUGAGUCGAUGGAGUCUACAGUCAGACAGGGGAAAGGAUUCCUCGUCAUCGGUUUCCCACGGGAUCUGAGACAAGCCGAGGACUACGAUGCCAAGAUGGGCCAGCCCAGCACCGUUUUACUCCUCGACUGUUCGGCGUCCACCAUGACUAGACGUCUCCAGCAGAGGACGCUGUCCAGCCUGCGGCCCACAGACGGCAGUCACAGAGAAGCCCGUCUCCGUGUGGACAGUUUCUGCGACAGCGUGACUCCGGUCUCGUCUCACUACGACUCGCUCGGACUCCUGCACAAGGUUGAUGCAGAACAGCCCCCUGACGAGGUGUUUGAGCAGAUCUGCCUGCUCCUGGACUCCUGUUAAACAGCGUGGAACUCGACAGAACAUCACGCAACGCCAUCCUGCACUUCUACAAACGCUCAUCAGCAGUGCUCACAUCCAUCCAUCCAUCACAUAGGGAAAGGAAGCUGUGACUUUAUACUCAAGCCUGUACAUAGCAUUCUGGUUCAACGCUAGCUCUCUAUAUGAAGUGCUUUAGCGCCACCAAGCACAGACUGACGGAGGGACGAGAGGCGUCACGUCGCGUCGAUUCCGCUCUGUCUCCCUGGCUGUAUUCUGUCAAACUCCGCCUCCUCUUUUAGACUGACUGACCGAGACUUAGCUUGGUGACAAAUCAGGAACGACGACCAAAGGUGGGCGUGGCUUAUAACGUCGGUAAAACCGCCAGCCAAUCGUAACGUCGGAAUACAGGCAGAGGCGGGGAAAUGACGCGAAGCGGAUCCCCUGUGAGGAAUUUCAGUUCAUUGUUUGAAAAAAAAAAAGAAGAAUUUACACUUUCGUGUCGAUCUCUGAAACAGAAAAAUGUAACGGUUUAAGCUUUUUACGUCUGUUGUUCAGUCAGUUAGCGCUUUCGCCGACGAGGUUCGAGUCGAGUCGCGGUUUUGUCGCAUCUUUAAAAGAAAAAGAAAAGUUUAACAUGUUUUAUUGAACCUAGAAUUAGAAAACACACAAAAUAAACCUUCACGAGGGCAUGAAGUCUUUCUUAACAACGUGGCCGACUUGCAGGGGACAGGGUCGUACUUUCAAAGACGAAAAAAGAAAAGAAAGAAAAAAAAACUAAACUAAUCCGAAGCAGAGUGCGCGAACUUUUCUUUCUUCUCGUGAUCUUCAGGAAAUUUCAGACGAUGCAACACAGGAAUUUUUCCCAUUUUUUCUUAAGGGGCGAAAGAGGACGAGAUUCACAGGGCUGAUUUAGUGAGCGUUAUACAGAUGUUUAAUUAAAGCUGUGUGUAUUAUUACAGUUGAACCACCAUCUCUCUCUCUCUCUCUCUCUCUCUCUCUCUCUCUCUCUCUCCUUGUAAUUGUAAUCCUUCACAGGCUUUUGUAUUUGUAUUUUCUCUCUCUGGCUACUUUCUGCUCGUGGAGUUUGAGAAAUCCUGUUCUAUUCCUUCUGAAAUCAAAUGUUUGCUUGAAAAUAAAAACUUUCAUACGUUAAAAAA